UGGGGUGGUUUAGGCCUAUGUGAAGGCUAUGGUUUCAGAGGAGAGAUGCGGUGGGAUUACAUCUAAAUACCAAUAUCUGUGCCUCAACAUCUGCACAGCCUGACAUACUAGGAUGCUGACAGCUGCCCUUCUCAAUAUCAGCAUGCUGACAUCUACUGGGCCUGGACCUCUACAUGUCCUGACAUCUCCAUCAUCUAGGCAGGGAAUGGUCAGGUCCAGGAGCAACUUCUGAAACAGAGCAGUGGAUAAUCAGUGCCCCGAUCCUGUCCUCCGUCAUUCAGAGGCAAAGCCUGCAGAAGGCCGCCCCUACCCCCCCCACUAGAGAGACCAGGGACACGAGACGCCCUGCAAGGCACGGUAAGGAAGGGGUAGAGGAGUCUGUAGGAGCUGCUUUGUAAAAGAUAGUGAUGAACAGCCAAUCCACGUUACCACACUACACAGCUGAAAGCAGCCUUGCAGUGGGCGUGUUUAAUACCUCCAUGGGGAAACUGCAGCGACAACUGUACCAGAGGGAGUACACUAUAUUCCAGUACGCGCCAGUGUUUGAGAAUGGCUUUAUACAGGUCAGCAGAAAAGGAGAAAUGAUUGAUGUGCACAACCGGGCCAGACUGGCGACUCUGGGCAUCAUUCACACCAGCCCCUACCUCACGCUCCCCAGUGUCAUGCUGCUGGCCCGAUCAGGUACGAUCUGUGAUUACUAUAACAGACACAGUCCUGCUGCCCAGGACAGAGGUAAAAAGCUGACACGGAUCUUUCUUAGAGAUAACCAGGCUGCUUCCCUUGAAGUUUAUAAAGAUAUCCCUCCGUAACCGUGAAAAACAACAGCUCCACCUGAAGCUUGCCACUGGCCGCUCUUUUUACCUGUAGCUGUAUUCCCCUUCAGAAAUAAGAGAUCUUUUUGCUCACUUGGGAAAACCUCAGUUACAUCCUAAGACCACUGGUGGAGCAUAACAAAGGCACCCAGGCAAUCCCAGCUGGGGACACAUUAGACACACUGGGUUUGAGGAAGACAAUAAGUGUCCAGUGGUGUCUUUGCAGAGACUCUAAAAGAUGAGGCCAGGUGCUUAGUGAGAACAGCUAAAGGCCCCAUAGGGCUUUGGUACUGAAGGUCACUUGGGAAAUACAUUGAUUCUUAGAAGGGCUUAGGGCCAAAUGAGACUCAUUUGGCAGCCAUGACACAUUGAGGAGGUUCCCAGUGCUUCUCCAAAGUGUUCUCUGUAUUCCAGAGAUUCAUUAGCUAUUACCACCCUUAAUUGCAUAUCCAAUAUUAUGUUGCCGUCUACAGUAUCCUGCCCAUUCAAUCUAUUCUUAAAUAUAUACUACUCCAACCCAGGCAGGCUGACAUGCUGCAGGAUAUGUGUCUCCCCAUGACAGCCACGUACUAAUUUGUGUAUAUAUCACUGGCAGUAGAUAUGCUUAUGUGCAUGUGCACAAUUUGUUGGUAGCCACCAAAAUAUUAAAGCUUAUACCACUUG